CUCCCCCAACCCCCGACAAAAAAUAACCAAAUCUAAAUCGACUUGCCGCCGCUAGAGUAGAGUAUCUACCAUGUCCCGGAGCGGUUCCGGAUGGCUCGGUAAUCGCUGCUGCUGGGGACUACUGCCACUGCCACCGGUACUUGCCCUCCCCUACAUAACAAGAACUGCAACAACAACGGCCAUGACCUCGAUUUCGACCUCGACCCCACGCUGCGGAACCGAGGCCGCCCACUCCCUUGCUCCCUCACUCUCUCGCUCACUUCCUCGAUCACUCCCUUCCUCAUUCACUCACCCCACCUCGGACCGAAGCAAGGACAACCCAAACCAUCCAAUCCAAUCCAAUCCAAUCCAAUCCAAUCCAAUCCAAUCCAAUCCAAUCCAAUCCAAUCCAAUCCAAUCCAAUCCAAUCCAAUCCAAUCCAAUCCAAUCCAAUCCAAUCCAAUCCAAUCCAAUCCAAUCCAAUCCAAUCCAAUCCAAUCCAAUCCAAUCCAUUCCCCAAAUAAGAACCAGAUAAAUAAAAAAGGCACAGUUUCAGAUCCACACACCGCAGCAGCAUCUGCCAUCGGCGCCCAUAACCCGUUACCACUAGCAGUAGAUAUAUCAACUUAACCACUUAUUUCGCCUGGUCACUAGAAUUCACGCAAUACCUCCUUACUGCGUACCCAGAG